AUGAAAAGAGGAUGUAUAUUUUUUGAGAAGCUUUCCAGUUAUGUCUCGUUGCGGUAUGCCCCGAGUUUUCGGCAGCCCCAACCUUCUGAAGUAGUGGGAGUCUCUACCAAAUUAAUUCCUUCUGAUUGCGUUCCUGCGUUUGUGAUUCCCAACGUUAUUACAGAAAGGGAAGAAAAGGCUCUCCUUUCUCUUGUUGAACCGUGGUUCGCCCGCCUCCCAUACAACGACGGACAUGCCGAUUCUCUGAUACAUCAUUUUAAAGAAUUCUAUCGCUCUUACAAGGGGUUGGUGGGAGAUGCGGCGUCGGAGGUAAAGGGUAACACGUGCGAAACGCGAAAUGGGGAAAAAGACUUCCAACUUUGCCACACUGCUUUAAAAAAAUGCCGGGGGUUAGCGGCAGAAUAUCUCUCAAACAUUCCCUUGGACGAUAGGGUUCAUUUUUUGCGAUUAAGCGGAAAUGGGUUUAUUCGGGCACAUGUUGAUGAAAGUAGAAAUUCAAGUGGAAUUAUCGCCGGCGUUUGCCUUGGAUCCGCACGCGUGAUGACGCUGACGCAUCCAAAAUACCCUGGGGAAAGGGUGGAAUUAAUGCUUGCACCGCGGUGUUUCUACAUUCUUAUCGGAACGGCGAGAUAUGAGUGGGAACAUAGCACCGAUUGGGUUGAAGACGAUGCCGAGCACCUUGAACGCGCACGCGGCCGCAGAGUGGUUGAAGGAACCCCACUUAUUUUUGAUGGGAAAGAAACGGAAUUCAGGAGGGGAGAACGGACAGCUGUAAUAUUCCGCGGCGUUUCGCCUAUGGAGUUGUUGCUCUCCAGGUCCGGGCGCGGGCGGGCAGAACGAUAG